GUGCCCCAACAAACAUCAAAGUUGACUAAUGAAAUUUUGGGGUAUUUUUUGGUUUAUUAUUUUUAUUCUUUACUUUUUUGAGUACCAUUAUGAGCUCACAGAUUGUUACACGUUUGUUAUGCUUGAAUUUCUUUCUUUUUUAUUUAUUUAUGUUUGAUGCUGAAAUUGUUUCAUUUUUGUCCAGUAGGAGCUCCUUUUAAUUGGCUCUUGGGUCCUUUCAACAGGACUUGGGAGUCUUUGAUGGAUUCUUGCUUUCUGGCUUGAUCAAGUGGCUGCCCACAUAUUCAUGAAUUAACUGAGUCAGAGAAAAUAUCGCCAAGCUCAUCUGGAGUGAGAACCAGGCAGCUAUUGCCGAUUGGGAAGUGGGCAGUGGCACUGAUGGGCCCUUUGCUCUAGGAUGACAUACGACAAUGGACAGCAUCCUGAUCCCUGUUGAGGCCCCUCUCUGCCACAUCUGGGGCCAUGCCGACCCACGGAGUUGGGAAUCUCUCAGGACUGUCAUUGCAAGAGUUUGUGCUAGUGGGGUUUGAGGGUGAGCUGGAGACACGGGCCCUGCUCUUUGCUGUGUUCCUGGCCCUGUAUGUGGUGACCAUGCUGGGAAACCUCACAAUGAUCAUGGUCAUUACAGUGGACACCCGCCUCCACUUCCCCAUGUACUUCUUCCUCAAGAACCUCUCCCUCCUAGACCUCUGCUACUCCUCUGUCAUCACCCCCAAGGCCCUGGCCAACUUAUUCUCCCCAACCAAGGUCAUCACUUUCACUGGCUGUGCCACCCAGUUCUUCUUCUUCUGCCUGCUGGGUACCACCGAGACUUUCCUCCUGGCCACCAUGGCCUAUGACCGCUUCAUGGCUAUCUGUAGCCCUCUGCAGUACCCGGUCACCAUGUGCCCCUCAGCCUGCACCCACCUGGUGCUGGGCACCUACUGUGGAGGCUGUCUCAACGCCAUCCUGCAGACCAGCCUCACAUUCCGCCUCUCGUUUUGCAGCUCCCAUCUCAUCAACCACUUUUUCUGUGACGUGCCACCCCUGCUCCAGAUUGCCUGCACCAACAAGGCCCUUAAUGAGCUGGUCCUGUUCAGCAUUGGCGGACUGAUCAUUGUGAGCACCACCCUUGUUGUCCUGGUAUCCUAUGGCUACAUCACAGUGACCAUCCUUAGGAUGCACUCAGGAACUGGGAGACACAAGGUCUUCUCCACCUGUGGCUCCCACAUGAUUGCAGUGUCCCUGUUCUAUGGGACCAUCUUUGUUAUGUAUGUCCAGCCAGGGGCUGUGGGGACCAUGGAGCAGGGCAAGGUGGUCUCCAUCUUCUACACCUUGGUCAUUCCCAUGCUCAACCCGCUUAUCUACAGUCUACAGAACAAGGAUGUUAAGGAGGCCCUGUGUAGGCUGGGCCAAAAACACGCAGCCACCUGA